AUCUACUUCCUCUACCCUUUUUUUCUCCCUGCAGUUAAAAAACGAUGUCUAAUCCACACAUUGAGUUUCUGACUGUAUGUCUCAUUAUCAGAGGAAUAUGAGGUCAUUGAGUUGGACCCAGAGAAUCUGAACUUGGAGAAAGCUUCUGCUGUUAAAAACCCAAAAGCUGGUGGCCUGACCGCAGGAUGAGAGGAAGUGCUGGACCUGCAGUUGGUUCUUAUUAAUCAAGCUGUUUCUGUCCUAAGCUCAUUUUCAUGCACUCACUUAUCAUUCCUGGGGUUGCUCUGGUGUGACAAUUCUCAUUACAUUUUUUUUCUAAUUUAUAAUCCAUCUCUGUCUAAUAAUUUUGGUGGCACACAGUGGCAUGUCAUAUAUCUUAAGCCUUCUAUUUGUAAUUUUCAGUAGUCAUUGAUAAGGAAGCGAACACAUCUUCCUUCCCCCACUCUCAAAUUUCUUCCUUUCUGUGACAAGCUUCUGCCACAAUAGGACAAAAAUGCUUGUAACUUUUUUUAAUCCUGUAGAAACCCCCUGCCUCUCUCCCAGGCAUAUCCCCCACCAGCCGCGGGGCACUAUCUAGUCCAGGGCCUACUGCCCACUCCUGGCUUGCAACUCCUCACCUCCAACCCUUGGCUCAGGUUGGCCCGCUGCUCAAAUGUGCUUUUCCUUUGGAGUCACCUGGCUAAGCACAAUCUUUGCAUCAGCCCCUCAAAUCCAGGAGUCACCUUUUUGUGUCUUCCUUUCCCUCACCACCACUCAGCAAAACCCUGUCAUGUGCCCACUGUGAUCCAGCUACUGCCCUCAAUCUGGGGGGACACUGAAAGCGACACACAAAAUGCUGCUCUCACAGAACCAGCUUUUGGAGAGGAGACAAUGAAAGAAGAGAAUGGAAGCCGCUCAGCCUGGGAGCAGCACGUCACAGCCCCCACGGAGGACAGCCGUUCCCCCACCGUUGCCGCGGGACCAGUCCUUCCUGACCAGCAUCACCUUCUUGAAGGUUCUUCUCUGGUUGAUCCUGCUGGGACUUUUUGUGGAACUGGAAUUUGGCCUGGCUUAUUUUGUCCUGUCCUUGUUCUACUGGAUGUAUGUCGGGACACGAGGUCCCGGGGAGAAGAAGGAGGGAGAGAAAAGCGCCUACUCUGUGUUCAACCCGGGCUGCGAAGCCAUCCAGGGCACCCUGACUGCAGAGCAGUUAGAGCGCGAGUUACAGCUUAGACCCCUGGAAGGGAGAUAGGAGCAGCUCUGCUGCACGCCUUGGCCCGCCUAGCCCUUGGCCGUGGACCCGUGGGAUUGUUCAGGUGCCCCAGACUAAGGACGGCUUGCAGGCUAGUCCUGUGACAGCGCAGUUCUACCUGUUUUCCCUGAUCUGCUGCAGUUUUAUCUUUGAACUUCUAUUUGGUUUUGGUGAAAUUCCCUGAAAGAUACUCACUGUGUAUCUGAUGCAAUUAUAAAAAUUACAUACUGGAGAGGAGACCUGUUUGUGUCCUGAUUUUGAGAGAUGGUUUAAGAGCACUAUAGAGGCACUGGGGAGCUGACUGUGAUGGUCAGGUCCAUGGGACUGUACACUAAAAGUAAAUGUUCUCUGUAAGUCUU